CAAGAGACAGAGAUAGAGUGUUUCAUUCAUUCAUUCACAUAUGAGCUUGACACAAGUAGUAUUCCGGCCUCUAAGACAUUGGCCAUGGCUGUUGCACUUUCACCACCACCACCAUCCUACUUCUUCUACUAAAUUUUCUGCACUAUAUCAUCAUCUUCUUCUUCCAACAUCAUCACCACAAGAAUCCAUAAAGAUACGUAGUUUCUCUUUAUCUGCAUCUCGCGGAAAACUUCGAAGAGCUGAUUCUCCACUACCCACCGCUCCCGAGGAAGAAGAAGAAGAUGCUGCCAUUAAAAGCCGCAACCAAUUGAAGCGUGAAGCAAAACGUGCUGUUAAAUGGGGAAUGGAUUUGUCUUCCUUCUCUCCUCCCCAAAUCAAACGCAUCCUUAGGGUGGUUUCUUUGGACCAAAUUGUCUUUGAAGCUCUUAUGUUGGUUAAGAGAAUGGGACCGGAUGUUCGUGAAGGAAGGCGACGUCAGUUCAAUUAUAUAGGAAAGUUGCUACGGAAUGUGGAACCGGAAUUAAUGGACCGAUUAAUAAAAGCAACAAAGGAUUCUGACCAUAAGGAGCUGCAAGCUUUAACUGGCUUGGGGCCUGAUGAUCCUGAGGAUGAUAGUGAGAACUUGGUAGAAACUGAAGACGAGAAGGAUGAUGAGGAAUCUAAGCCUUAUGAUGAUAGUCAAGUAACAAGGUGGUUUGAUGGUUUGAUCAACAAGGACAUUCAAAUCACCAAUGAAGUUUAUUCAGUUCAAGGUGUUGAGUAUGAUCGCCAGGAGUUGAGAAAGCUGGUACGUAAAGUGCACUUUGCUCAAGAAACGAAGGCUACGGAUGAAGAUGAGGAGAAAAAAAUAGAAAAGGCAGAGAUUAGGGCUAAGAAGGCCCUCACUCGUUUUCUCCGUAGUCUUUCAGAGAAUAUUGUUGAUGAACAUUAGACAUUGUUAACCAUGCAUUGUUUUGUUGGGAUACAUGAUAUGAAAAUAUAUUAUUUUUAAUAGUUAGAAUAGUGAAUGGUUGAGUUUUUGUUUAGAAUGAUCAUUACAUUUAUGUUGCAGUCCUCUAAAAAGAUUUGUACUAGGUUCAUAAUAAUCCUGACUGGUUUAUUUGAAUGACCAUCUAAUUUUCUUAGCGUCA